AUGGAUAGUUUCACACUCUUACUCAACGGUUUCUCAAAAUCUUACCUCUGUGCUUUCAACUUGUCCCUAUUUUACUUAUUGUUAUUUUACUAAUUAUUGCUCUUUAUUUAUUUUCUAGGCCCUACUAUUAACCUGUCCAUUUAUUAUCAUGGCUUCACCAACUUCAUCUGAGGAAGUGAUUGCAAGAAGAAAAAUUCGUUUAAUUAUGCAAAACGUUUCAACGUUGAAGAGAACAGUCUCAACUGCGGUGGAGUUUAUACACGGUUUGCCCUGCCGUGUUAUAGUUAAAACCACCGACAAAGAUGAUAAAAAAAUUUUAGGAUUUUAUGUUGGUUACAAUGAGGAUUCAGAUGAUAAAAUAGCUAUAGCCCAAAGCAAUAUCGAUUUCACCCUUGUCCACAGAAAAGAUGCUGCCAAUAAUUUAAAGAAAAGCAAAUUUUGUUACUUCAGACCUGGUUCACGUAUUCAUGGAUUCGACAAUUUUUUUACUUGGAAAGCAACAGCUAAAAAUGUAAAGAAAUUUAUUGUCGAAAAUGAGAUGACGCUUGAAGCGGAUAUUAUAAUUCAUAGACCUAGAACACCCAGUUACUAUAGUACUGAGCUUUCGACGGGCUACUAUGAUUUAUUCAGUCAACGAUUGACACCAGAUCGAAGCCAAGUUCUUUUCAGAUUCAGAGUUGAUAACGUUAUGACAAUAGAGCGUGAAUACAGUCCAACAUUUUAUGUUCGGAAUAUCCCUUGGAGGAUAAUGGCGGUCCUUAAGGAAAAAAGUAAAAUGACAAAUGAAAUGAAUGUUUCGAAAAAUUUUGGAGUAUUUUUGCGUUGUUAUGGAAUUGAAGGGACUGACAAUUGGGCUUGCUAUGCGAAUGUUGUAAUUGAUAUUUGGAAUCAUAUCCCAGGAAGACUUCCGCGCCGUAAAAGAUUUACUCAUUUCUAUUAUAAAGAUGCGCCUGAUUAUGGAUUUGCUAGUUUAUUAAGCAUGGAGGAAUUGACCAACGAAUAUUUAGGACACGUUAACAAAGGUUCUGUGGUGAUAGAAGCAUCAGUGUCGGCAGAGAAACCCGCAAUUAUUCCAAAGAGACAACCUGUUGUCGAAAGGCCACUCACAAUCAACAACUUCGUUAUUCCUGAUGCGCUGGUCCAUCUUUACACAUUAGAAGAUCAUUAAUAUGAACAAAGUUCAUUUGAUUCUUAACCUGAUCUGCUCAUCAAUUUAUCUUUAAAAUUCAUUUCAUUUAAAAACAAAAAAGACAAAAGACAAAAAAAAUCCAAUUUUGCUUUGCAAUCAAUUUAAUUUAAAAACAAAACAAAAAAAACAAAAAAACCAAAAAAAAAUCAUUAUCAUUACUUAAAACUAUCUGAUCAUGUGAAAUGAAGGUAAAUCAAACACCUUUUUAAAUCAAUUUCAAUAUUUCUCACAUGUGACGUGAAACUUGACUUUUCAAUUCUCAUUAUAUUUAAAAAACCCAAAAAAAAUUUCUUAAACUAAUCCUGAGAUUUGAAUUGCAAUUCUCGAAUUUUUUGUACCAGUAUUUUCAUGGGCCUCAGUGCCCCAUUAAAUACUUAGACUGAUUUGAU